GCGCAGCACUUGUGGGCGGCGCGUGGCGGGGGCAGAGGCUGGGCGUGGCGCACGUGGCAGGCGCUACGCUGGGCCUGAUGGCCGUGGUCUGUGUAGUGUGGGCAGAUGUCGAGGGCGCUCCCACUGAUGGUAAAAACCAACUUGUAGGAGACAUGCUAUGUCUCGGAGGAUCACUGUUGUAUGCAGUUGUCACAGUGCUCCAAGAAAUAAUGCUCAAGACACACUCGUGUGCUGAAUAUUUGGCGUUCCUCGGCUUUAUUGGCAGCAUUUUAUCAGCGACUCAGACAUUUUUCCUAGAUUUCGAAGAGCUGUUGACAUUUAACUGGUACGAGUUUGAUUCGAUAGCUCAACUGGGAAGCUACUGCGGCGUGCAGACAGUGUUCCAGAUUCUACAGAGUUUCAUGCUGAGAGAGGCUGGCUCUAUUAUAUUACAUCUAUCGUUUCUGUCUGCCGACUAUUACACAUUGAUUGCUGGGAUGUACAUCUUUCAGUUUAAGUUCCACGCACUGUACUUCCUGUCGUUCGUGCUGGCGCUGGUGGGCGUGUUUCUCUUCAGCGCGCGCUCCACCGCGCCGCCCGCGCGCGCCGCGCUGCCGCAGCUCGUCCACGACUCCGUGCAGUCGCAGGACAACGUCUCCAUGGAGUACACAGUACCAACGUUGGACUGCAUACCGCUGUCCGAAGGCCUCGAGCCGCCCAUGAGUAGAGACACCACGUUCACGUCAUUCCUCGGCGGACCGCAGACCAACGUUUCCGGACUGCCCAACGGUACGAUCACGUUUGGUCACCCUAACGGUAUAACUAACGAUAACGAAAAAGAUACAGCUCAAGACUAGAAUACGUUAUCAUCUCUUAGCAACAUUUUACUAAAACGUUUCAUAUAAAAGUAUUAUAGUGCACAAUUGUGUGCGACAACACAGGUGCACUGUCUACGCUAUUUAUUUAUUGGUGACUUUGAAUGACGGGAGUGUACCAAUAUCUCUGAUAUUUCAGAAUCUGAUACUCAUGAGAAUUUCUUUUCUUUCCUCUAAUAAGUCUUGUUCUAUUUAUCAUACACGGGAAUCGAAACAAGGACCCGAUUGUUAUUGACUAAAUACACGCUGGACUAAUUAUUAUAAU